GCACCCAAGACCCACACACGCCAGUAAGUUACUUUCUACCACUCCCUAAUCCCUACCUUCUCCGCUUUUCACUCGACACUCUCGACAUGGAAUGGAGGCAUUCAGCUUUCGAUUUCGAGCAGCCGUCAAGGCUCUCGAUGUUCGAGGACUUCAGGCCGUCCGUCAUGCCUCAGACAAGUGCUAAUCCUGCCUCCGUCAAUAGAGACAGUCACGUCACCAAAGAGUACGACAUCUCACCUGAGGUACCACAGAAGCGAUGGAACAAGCCAGAUCGACCGUCUCCAGCGUCUUUCGACUCGGUGGAGGCCGUACAAAAGCUCGCGGAACCUAAGGUCAGCAAGCUUGAGAAAUCUUUCGACAUCAAGCGAACAGAGACGAUAGACUGGAUGCCGCCGUCCUACAACCACGAGGAGAUACAGUCGAUAGCCUCAUACUCGUCAUCCCCAGAAUGGGCUGCUCUGUCAAAUACCCUGAAACAAAACGCUCGUCAGCAACGACCUGUGUCACUACGUCUCGACAAUCCCAACCUCCUCGCAAAGCCUACAUUGACCUCAGCCCCUAUCUUUCCGUCCAUUGACAAGAGCGAGCCAGACCUCCGUCUCAUCCAUCCCCAUACAUGGGUCGCCCCGGCACACGCAGCGCAAACGAUAACGCAGCCGCAGCGUUCCGAGUCAUACGAUUCUGGGCGAGAGAGCUUUGAGUCAAUGGAGAAGCCAUGGCUGGAUGGCAGGCCGCGGCCCUUGUCAUUCGCAACAUAUCAUGCACGCAAUCGAUCAAAGACGAAGAUAGCAUCGUCGAGAAGCUCUCGGUUGAACUCAUACCCGAACUUCUCGCGCAAGAUGUCUGGUGAGAACCCGGGUAUCGUAGUUGACGAGCACAUCGAGCAGGACACAAAGAUUGUUUCACAAGAGACAAGACAUGAGCCUGAUACUUAUGCAGAGUCGUCAGUGCCUUUCUCUGCGCCGCCCUUUGCACGCAAGAAUACAUUCGAGCGCAUUGGAGGUAGGAUGCUGAGUGAAGAAGAGAAGGAGGUUGAAAAAGAAAAGGCAGCCAAAGCCGCGAGAACAAACAAAGCAAAACAUCGAUGGUCCACGAUACCAAACAUACUCAAGUUUUCAAAGCCUGUGAAGCGUCGUGCUUCCAAUGCCAACGAACUUGACAGGGCUGCUGUCGUUGAGGACUUUGUGCGUGUAAGCCAGAAUGCACCUCAACUGACCAACCAGACUCCCAUCAUCACCCACCGCUACUCUUCAUACAAUGAGUCUCAUAGAGACGUCGAGUCUACACCAUCACCACAUCCUCAAUCGCAGCUCAAGCCCCUCGAUCUCCUGCCGACGCCUCAGCAUUCCCCACUAGCCAUGACGUUCGACAAGUCAACAGGCAGCUCUGCCGUCUUGCCACCUCCAUUCGCUCCCUGGGCUAGCACAGCUGAUUCGAACGCCGCGCCGCCCAGCCCACCGGCCUCAGUCUCCAACCCUCUCAACAAUCCUCAACGACGGAAGAGCAGCAACCCACUGCUGUCUCCGGGUCAUGGUUACUCCUCGCCUCUCAGUCCAGGCUCGCCGCGCGAGACGUUUGAGAGUCGACCCACAUCGCUGCAUUCCCACCGCAGCAGCACAUUCUCUUCGCACAUGGCCUCAAGCCUAACAUCACCAACAAGCGGUUCAAGCGCUGCACACUCACGCUUGAGUUUCAUCUCGCCCACGAAUAUGUCACCCCCCUCAGCCUGCCGGGCAUGUCUCCUCUGCAAGACAUCGAGACCUGUCGAUGACUUCAGUACACGACGCAUCACGGCGAACUGCUGGCACGAGACCUCGACAUGCACGUCCUGUAUGCAGGCAUGGGUUGAGAACAGCAUUGACAGACGAGAGAGAUGUGUCUGUCCAGAAUGUAGCGAGCACAUGGGGUAUGAAGACAUCGGCGCCUUUGCUGUCGAUGCACUGGGCGGACGCGCAGAUGGAAGGCAUUGGAUAUAAAAUUUGGAAAAGAAUUAGUAUUGUUAAUCAUAAUGAGAUCGUAUCGUAUGUUCUUCAAGCCAGAACGAGUUCA